GGAUAUGGACCCGGCGGCAUGGCCCACAAUACGACGUCGAUAAUCCGCCAGCAUCGCGCAUGCAGCUUGGCUUGGAGUUUCUUUCUCUUUCUCUCCGCCCGUCGCUCGGCUACUGUAUCGUUUCGUUUCUCCAGACCUGCCUACCUGGUCCACUAGGCGGGCACCAGUAUGUAGCCAGCCACUGGACGACCCUCGACCCCGACCCCCGGUUUCUCGUCCCUCGCCGUCCUUGUUGGUUUCUCGUCCCUCGUCCACGUCCCGCGUCCCCGUCCGGUCCAUGCAUUGUACUGUACGCUUGUAUGUUCAUUAUACUGUAUGUUCAUUAUACUGUAUGUACUGGGACGGCAAGUCCUGCUGCUGGGCUACAAGCCGUGGCAGGCCGCGGCGGCAGCAUGACAGGUGGAUAUGCAUGUCUGUUGACUUGUACCGCUCGGGGCGUGUCGUCGUCGAGAGCACAGUUGCACUACUAGGCAAUACAUUCACAUACACAUACUCGCAUCGCUGCAGCUGCAUUAGUGGCCGCCGCCAGAUGAAUCUCGGAGACAACAGUCUCCGCUUUCUGCCCCCUUUCUGCUUUGCUUCGCAUAGUUUGCGAACCAGGCACGUCCCUCUCCCACUGCGGUCUUGUCUCCGGGCUCACCCAGAGCACGGGUCUCGACUGGGUGCCCGGCAGCAGACCAAGCCUGCCGAGUCCUCGAGUGAGAGUCCACCUCGCGCGAGCCCGCCUGCGGAGCAAGAGAUUGGCCUUCGGCGGUUCCAUUUUGCCACCUCACUAUGCCUGGGUCUGCAUAGACAGGCGCUUUUACCCCAAGGAAAAAGCCUGCAGUACCAGCUAGCGGUGCCGUGUCUCGUUGCCAGGACCCUUGCCACUCGAGAUCCGUACUCCAUAUUGGUUCCGAUCCAAACUGGCCCCGACUUAUCAAAAGAGAUCAUCCCCUCCCCAAGAUGAAUGCAUCCCCCAUGUGUAAGGGUGGAGUUGGCCGGGUCUCAGCGGGUUUAUGAAUGGCAACGACACGCGCCAGCACAUCAAGAUGGGUCACACUUUGAGCCGCAUCUCGACAGUCGGCAUGCAUCUUACGAACCCUUCCCUCCUGUCCGUUUAGCUUUUCUGUCAUUUCCCUUCUCGCGUCUGUAUCUGGACAAUUUGCCAUCCCCUGCCCCGCAUUAAGUCUCCUGGCACCGCAAUAAAGACACAUGUCUCGCCGUUGCUGGCUCAGAAUUUCCUGCGUCCGAGCCUUGAAUACGUAGCAUAUCAGCCUUGACUUCACCACCCACAAACCCACAACACCCUCUUGUCUGUAGGAC